AUGUCACACUCACUCCAUGGAGAUCCAAAAAAAGCCGGUCCCCAACCGAGCUUUCCAAAACAGGACCAGGAAUCCCCAGGUUUGGAAUCUAAAAUGGAUCCUAAACCGGAUUAUGGUGAAGCGAGUUACAAAGGAAGUGCAAAGUUGACAGAUAAAGUUGCUGUUAUAACCGGUGGUGAUUCGGGCAUUGGCAGAGCUGUAGCAUUGGCUUAUGCACGAGAAGGUGCUCAUUGUGUUAUUUCGUAUUUGAAUGAAGAUACAGAUGCGCAAGAAACGCAAGCAGCUGUCGAAAAAGAAGGUCGAAAAUGUUUAUUGAUUCCCGGCGAUAUUAGUCAGGAAAGUCAAUGUAAAAAAAUAAUUGAUACAGCUGUGAAAGAAUUUGGACAUAUUGAUAUUUUAGUAAAUAAUGCGGCAUUUCAGGGAAAAUCUGUUGACGAUAUUUCAAAAUUAGAUCGUGAACGUGUAGAAUACACAUUUCGAACAAAUAUAAUAUCAAUGUUUGAUCUCGUUCGUUUGGCCGUUCCUCAUAUGAAAAAAGGAAGUGCUAUUAUUAAUGUUGGCUCGAUUCAAGCUUACGAUCCAUCAGCUGAAAUACUAGAUUAUGCAACGACAAAGGCUGCAAUCGUCGGAUUUACAAAAGGUCUAGCAUCACAAUUGAUGGAGAAAGGUAUUCGGGUUAACUGUGUUGCUCCAGGUCCUGUUUGGACACCGUUAGUCAUUGCUUCAUUUCCCAAAACGAAGAAUGCUGAAUUUGGCAAAAAUUACCCAAUCAAACGACCUGCACAACCACGAGAAUUAGCACCAGCCUUUGUCUUCUUAGCCUCAGGAGAAUGUUCGUCAUAUAUAUCUGGUGAAGUACUAGGUGUUACCGGUGGUGAAGUGCUAGCAUAA